AUGGCUAACCGAACAGACAACUCCAAUCGCUUUUCGAAUGGUAAAAAGCCAAGUGAGGGAAUGAGACUAAUUAUAGCAACAUUCAUAGGCAUAGUUAUUGGUUUCUUCUUGGGGAUAUCUUUCCCUACAUUGUCACUAACAAAAAUAAAUUUCCCCUCUAGCAUUCUUCCUUCUGUUGAUAUUGCUUACGUAGAAGACGAGACACCUGAAACAUCUAGUGAAACGCUUUUGCACACGUGGUCAUCUAGGAGUCCAUCACAAGGAGCUAAUUCGAGUGAUGCAACACAUUGGAAGAUUUGGGUUCCAUCGAAUCCCCGAGGUGCAGAGAUGCUGACUCCUGGUAUCAUUGCACCUGAAUCAGAUUACUUCUUACGCAGACUCUGGGGAAAACCUGAGGAGGAUGUGCCUGUGAAGCCAAAGUAUCUCAUUGCUUUUACUGUUGGUAUUGGUCAGAAAGUAAACGUUAAUGCUUGUGUCAAGAAGUUUUCAGAAGAUAACUUCACCAUUGUUCUGUUCCAUUACGAUGGACGAACCACUGAAUGGGAUGAAUAUGAAUGGUCUAAGCGCGCAAUACACGUGAGCGUGCCAAAGCAAACCAAAUGGUGGUAUGCUAAAAGGUUUCUGCAUCCUGACAUUGUGGCGCCUUAUGACUUCAUAUUCAUCUGGGAUGAAGAUCUCGGCCUUGAAAACUUCGAUACAGAAGAAUACAUAAGGCUUAUAAAGAAACACGGUCUAGAGAUAUCACAGCCUGCUGUGGAGUCUAAAAAGAAGAUCACAUGGGAGAUAACAAAGAGAAAAGCCAAAGGAGAAGUUCACAAACAAGUCAAGGAGAAACCUGGUCGAUGCAACGAUCCUCACUUGCCUCCCUGUGCAGCGUUUAUAGAGAUUAUGGCUCCAGUGUUCUCAAGAGACGCAUGGCGUUGCGUGUGGCAUAUGAUUCAGAACGACUUGGUUCAUGGUUGGGGUCUUGAUUUCGCACUCCGAAAAUGCGUUGAGCCUGCACACGAAAAGAUAGGAGUUGUGGAUUCUCAAUGGAUCAUUCAUCAAACUAUUCCUUCUUUAGGCAGCCAGGGAGAGGUACACGACGGUGUAGCAGCGUGGCAAGGAGUGAGAGACAGAUGUAAACGGGAAUGGACGAUGUUCCAAAGCCGAAUGGCGAGCUCCGAGACUAAGUAUCUUAAGCAAAUCGCAAACUCAACGAUUCAUUAG